AUGGCAAACCAGCAUGUUGAUACAGAAUCACAAAAAUGGAGGCUUCCUUGGUGGUUGAAAUUUUUGGAUAAGACGAAUACGACCGUAACUGCUCUAACAGCCGGUUUCAUAUUAUAUACCCAAUCUUCUGGAGUAACCUAUUUUGCUUCGGGUGCAGCAGGUUGUAUGAUAGCGGUGAAGAUUGUCAAGAAAAUGAUUUGCCAAGAAAGACCUGUAACGCAGCGGCCGGGGAAGAAACGGAAAAAGACUUAUGGAAUGCUGAGCACCCACUCCACUACUAUCACAUAUUAUGCGACAUACAUCCUCCUCGCUAGUCUCUAUCUUCCGAUUCACCAUACCCUUCCUCAACACUGGACAACACGAAUCAUCCCGCCGCUAAUCGUUUUGCCUUGGGCUGCUUUGAUCGCUUUGUCUAUGAUAUGGAUCGGACACCACACCUUGGCUCACGUAUCAGUCGGCUGCUCGUUUGGCUUUGGAUUUGCUUGGUUGUGGUUUUAUUUGUGGACAGAAGCUCUGAACAAAUACGGAGUAGAAGCAGAACAGCUAUGGAAAGUAUAUUAUUUAGCUCAUUGGAAGUAA